ACAUUCCUUAUAGUGGAGAGGUUCAGCAUCACAGUAUUUUUUUUUCUCCAGUCUUGACAAGGAAACGGAUUCUCUUGGAGAGCCAACGUUCUGUCCUAACCUGUAUUGGAUUCCAGAUCCUCUUCUUUUUAGCUGGAUUCCCUCAUCUUGACUGUACAUUUCUGUGGAGGCAGACUCUUUAAGCAUGUGUCAAAUGGCAGCAUCCACAUCAGAUACUUCUUGGCUUCAAAAUUCAACUUUGUUAAUACAUAUGCUGAAAAACUGGACUGGUUUUGAAGAUCUGGAAGAAUAUGUGAGCUAUAUGCUUAACCCUUUGUGGAUAUUAGUGCUUCCCAUGUUGUUAUAUCACAUAUAUUGCUUGAUAUUUUUGGUAAACUGUUUUACCACAUUUGUUCUAUAUGUUUACAAGAAAAAACAUAACAUAAGCGGAGGCAUUUAUGAUCCAUUAUGGCAAAAACCAAAGCAAUGGAUUGGAUAUUUUGUGGACACACUUGGAAAGAUAUGGCAUGGUUAUGAGGUUAUUGGCAUGGAAAAUCUACCAAAAGGUCCAGGAAUUAUUGUCUAUUACCAUGGAGCUUUUGUUCUAGACUAUAUCUUUUUAGUAGCUAGACUGUAUGUACAGAAAGGAAGAUUCCUCCGUUCUGUGGUUCACCAUGGCAUGUAUCUACCAGUGUUUACAGGAGUAAAACUGAUCCUUGAUGUGGUGGGUUGUACACUUGGCACAAAAGCUAAUUGCGUUGAAAUGCUGAAGAAAGGCUAUCUUCUAGGAAUUGCACCUGGAGGACUUAGAGAAGGAAACUUUAGUGAUGAAUACUACAAUCUUGUAUGGGGUUCCGGCACAGGUUUUUCUCAGGUCGCUUUAGAUGCCAAAGUGCCCAUCAUCCCUAUGUUUACACAAAAUCUUCGUGAAGCAUACAGGACAGUUGGAAAAACAUGGCUGCUGAAAUGUCUAUAUGAACGAAUUAAGUUUCUAGUACUUCCAUUAUACGGAGGAUUUCCUGUCAAAUUGCGUACAUAUAUUGGAGAACCCAUACCAUAUGACCCAAAUCUAAGUGCAAAGGAACUGGCCGAAAAGGCCAAGAUUGCAAUUGAAAGUCUUCGUGAUAAAUACCAAAAAAGACCAGGAAAUAUAUUAAGAGCGUUAUCUGAACGUUUUGAUAAGCACCACAAGAAUAACUAGACUUUAUACCGUAUAUCUCAUAAAUGGGUUUUUCUAUGACACAUUCCUUUCUCUAAAUAGCUCUUGUAUGUUGCUGUUUUUAACGUAACAUUUUAAAAUAUCUAUUUUCCUUAGGCAUUUUAUAAAAUAGAAUACACAAUAGAAUAUUCUGCUAUAUGAUUUGUCUGAAUGUGUAUAUUUUAAAUAAAUGGUUGUGAAUUUCA